AUGUUUCAGUGCCAGGGACCCCUGGCCCGGGCUGGGAUCCAGGCUGGCUCCGCAGUCACACCCCGCCCAGGCUGGGAUCCAGGCUGGCUCCGCGGUUACACCUCGGCCCGGGCUGGGAUCCAGGCUGGCUCCGCGGUCACACCCCGGCCCGGGCUGGGAUCCAGGCUGGCUCCGCGGUCACACCCCGGCCCGGGCUGGGAUCCAGGCUGGCUCCGCGGUCACACCCCUGCGCUGAUUGGGGCCGUUGCUGUCACUGCCCUGCUCGCUGGUGGCGCAGUUGGGUUUGUUCUCUGGAGGAGGCGGUGCUCAGGGAAAACCGGAGCCGGAUACACUCCAGCUCAGGCCAGUGACAAAGAAUCCAGCAAAGGAUCCAGCAGUGGCAGCGACUCUGGGUGUGACACCGGCUCACUGGGGUCGGAGGCCAUAAGUGUGGGAGAGACCAGUCGCCAUCCAGAAGCUCAGCAGCUCCUCCCCAUGGGUGUUCCUGCCCCGCUCGACGACGGGGACCCCCCAGCGGCUGGAGUCAUUCCCUGGGGUCUUCCCCCCCCUCCUCGGCUGCUGACUGUCCGUGUGACCUGGACUGAAUCCCUCACUCUUUCCCUCUGCCUCGGUGACCAGGCCCCAGGUGUGACGCUCGGCUGCCUCGCGGGAGAAAAAUAUCUUUUCGCUAGGAGUAGAAUAAGAUCCCCCCCUCCCCGCUUUAAUCAAUUGCCCUGUUGAAUGAACAAGGUGUGGAUGAGCCAGGUGUGGAAGGCAGCACCUCCAGACAGCUGCACCCCUUGGAGAGGGGCUGGGAGCCAGCCCCAAGGACAAUAAAAUGGGCCAAGUGGGCUCACUAGAGAAGCUCAGACACACUGACGGCCUCGGGGGUUAGAAGCCAGCACCUUCCCUUGGAAACACCCUCUGUGCAGCAUUGGGACAACAGCCAGAAGGAGGCACCACAGAUGACCAAUGGACACACCCAGAUUUUGAAUCUGGUGCAGAUUUGCUUGAGAGGGAAGCUGCUAUGAGGGGAGGUGUCUUGCAGAGGACCCCGGCUCCACCCCUCCCCCAUCUAACUAACCUGGCCAGUGCAGUUAAGGGGAGCAACUAGUUGGUAACAACAACAAGAGGGAGUGUGUGUGUGUGUGUGUGUGUGUGUGUGUGUGAUAUAUCUCAUACGCAGAUGAUGCAGUGCAGAUUGAUACAUGUAUUACCAAGAAAUGUGGGGCUUUGCCUUAACCCCCUGAAAAGAUCCUGUGCAGCACUUUGAGUACAACAGGUUAAAUACCUGGGAUCUGUCAGACUUACAGUGAAAGCUGCUGUGUGGGGCAGAGACCCUUAGAUUUCUCAACCAGGGGACGCGCACCCCUGGGGGGUCACAGAGACCUGCCAGGGGGUCCAUCAACUCCGCUGGAUAUUUCCCUAGUUGUGCAGCAGGCUACACAAAAAACACUAGUGAAAUUGGUGUAUACCACAGUUUCAUACCAUGACUGUUUCUGUGGCUCUGUGUAAUGUACAGGGCACUGACAUGUAAGUGCAGUGUUUAUAUUCCAAUUAUUGUAUCUUAUACAAUAUAUAUUGAUAUCUUCUGUAUCUUAUAAUUAUACGGUAAAAAUGUACUACUGUAUUGUUCACUCCAUGCAGCCGAUGAAGUGGGCUGUAACACAGAAUCAUAGAAUAUCAAGGUUGGAAGGGACCUCAGGAGCUUCUGCCCGUGAAAGCUUCUGCCCAGAUAAAUGUGUUAGGUGCCA